GAACUUGUCGUUUUAAUAUCACAACCUGUGUCUUUCUGUGCUUGUGACAACCGCUCUCCUCACAGGGACAAGAACAGGAAGGGAGAAUGUCACCAGCACACCGAGGAUCAUCAAUAUGGGUCCAAAAGUUUUAAUGAACGAUCACAUAGUUAUAGCAAGGCAACGUUUCAGAGUCUCACAGGACCCCUUCAUCAGGCAUCAGGCACAUACCUGAUGAAGGGGUCCUGUGAGUCUCUGAAACAUUGCCUUGCUGUAACUAUGUGAUCGUUCAUUAAA